CGUCAUCAUAAACAGGCUUGAUAAUAUUUCUAUCUGCGUCUGCGGAGAAUUGCGUUUUGGAUCCAAAUUUGCCAGAAGUACUAACCAGUAGACCAGUAUCAUGUCCUAUCAAGGGACAACGCUGCCUUCUGUGGCGGCCAUGUCCCAGAAGACGGAGGCCCCGAGCCAAGGGAGCAAACGAGAGGACUGGAGGAAGGCCAAGGAGUUAGAAGAGGCUCGUAAAGCUGGUACUGCUCCUGCUUUGGUCGAUGAAGAGGGAAAGGAUAUCAAUCCACAUAUCCCACAAUACAUUGCAACAGUACCAUGGUAUGUGGGCUUUGACAAACCUACCCUCAAGCAUCAGCGGCCUCAGAGAGUCAAGAAAGACGUGUCAGCCAUUAGUUCCUGGUACAAGAAAGGUGUGCAGGAGGGGACCGUGUCUACGAAGUUUAGGAAAGGUGCGUGCGAGAACUGUGGCUCAAUGACGCAUAAGAAAAAGGACUGUGUCGAGAGACCGCGUAAAGUCGGCGCUAAAUUUUCAGGGGAGGACCUUGCCCCGGAUGAACACAUGCAGCCCAAACUCCACUUUGACUACGAUGGUAAGAGGGAUCGAUGGAACGGCUAUAACCCUGAGGAACAUGAAGCCGUCAUUGAAGAGUACGCCAAGAUGGAAGAGGCCAAGAAGCAGCUGAAAGCGAAGAAACUCCAAAAUGAAAUGAUAUCAGGGGAUCUGGAGAAAGAAAGGGAUAGCGACGAAAGUGAUGCAGAUGAGGAUAAAUAUGCUGAUUCCUUUGACAUGCCUGGAACCAAUUUCGACAGUAAAAGGCGAAUUACAGUGAGAAACCUUCGCAUUCGUGAGGACACAGCUAAGUACUUGUACAACCUGAACCCCAACUCGGCCUACUACGACCCCAAAACAAGAUCGAUGAGAGAUAAUCCUUAUAAAGAUGUCGGAGCGAAUCCUGAUGAUCUAAAGUUUGCUGGAGAUAACUUCAUACGAGAAGGUGGUGACACGGUCUCUAUGGCAAAGGCACAAAUGUUUGCAUGGGACGCAUCUAACCGCGGUACCGAUGUCCAUCUUCAGGCUGAGCCAACCAAGCUAGACCUCCUUCAUAAAGAGUUUGGCAGCAAGAAGGAAAACUUCAAGAAAAGUCAGAAGGAGACCAUACUCCAAAAGUAUGGUGGUGAAGAGCACUUGGAGGCGCCCCCUAAGCAGUUGCUGCUGGCUCAAACGGAGGAAUAUGUUGAGUAUUCAAGACAUGGGACUGUUAUUAAAGGACAAGAGAAGGCCCCAGUCAAAUCCAAGUAUGAAGAAGAUGUCUUUCUGGCCAAUCACUUGAGUGUUUGGGGGUCGUACUGGAGAGAUGGCCAGUGGGGCUACCGCUGCUGCCACUCGUUCGUCCGAGGCUCGUACUGCACUGGGGCAGCAGGUAGGAUGGCUGCGACAGAAGACUCCGUCAUCCUACCCUCUGAACCUUCUGAUGCCAUCCCCAGGAAUGAUGAGGAGGAGGAGGAUGAGCCUGAAAAGUCACUUGUGGAGCAACAUAAGGAAAAGCUAGACUUAGAGAAGGAGAGGAAGAGGGAAAAGAGGAGAAAGAGGAAGAAAAAACAGAAGGAGCUGAGAAAGCAGAAAGAAAAAGAAAAGAGACGGAAGAAGAAAAAGAAGAGGCGACAUAGCUCAGACGAGUCAGACUCUUCAGAUUCGAGCAGUAGUGAAGAUAGCAGUGAAGAAAAGGAAGAGGAUGAGGAAGCCAUUAGGAAAAAGAAGAUAAUGGAGGCCAUGAAACGCCAAGAAGAGCAGGAGAGGGAGGUUGACCGACUGCUAGCCAUGGACGAGAGGAAGAGACCGUACAACAGCCUCAAGUCGUACGACAGCGUGAGGGAACCAACGGAAGAGGAAAUGGAAGCAUAUAGACUCAAGAGACAGAGGAUGGAGGACCCGAUGGCCGCUUUCCUCACAAAAUAUUAAAGAACAAUCCCAAUGGCAUCAGCAAUCAAAGAUGGUUUAGUGCCAGCUGUCUUGGGAAUUCGACACCUGAAGGAUGUUUGCCAAGAAACAGAUGCUGUCUGUCACCCAGAGUAGAAUGGUGUUUCAUGAGCAAUACAUGUAGAUGCUAUUUAAAGAAUUGUCCCUACAUUAUUAGAGGUCAAAGACAGUCCAGCAUCAGCUCUCAUUGAGAUUUUGACAGCGACAGGAUGUAUGCCAAGUAACAGGUGAUGUCUAUUCCCCAGUGUGGAGCCGAGAUCAAUGGCCAGUCGGUGCAUGUUUUGUAUAUUCUUCACCUUGCCUCAUAUGCUGAAAA